AUGGUUUCAUACUAUACACCGUAAAGUUAGAAAGCUGUGGACUCCCGGUUAUUAACGUUACUCGAUUCAUUUCUGUGUUCGAAGAACUUCAUUCACUGUAAAAUCGCUUGCUAACACUUGUGUGUUUCUAACUAGCUACGUGUAGUACCUGGUGUAAACCUGGAGAUUCAACCAAGUAGAUGUAGCCAUAUGGCCAUUUGGUAGGGUUGUCUGCACAGGAUCGGCAAAGAGUGGAAGUAGUUAAUUAAGCACUAAAACUAGCGAAUUAGAUCCGAGAUUAAUUUCUUUCCCUAGCCAGCCAACUAACGUCCGUCAACCGGCGAAAAAGCUGGGAGGUAACAGUGACGGUCUUGUCAUCCCUCCUGCCCAUCAUAAUCACGUACUCCGUGCAGGAGUGGACAUCACUCAUCCUUCUAGCCAGCAGGUACACGAACAGUUCAUACAUGGGCAUGGCAGUUAUUGCGGUUUUGAGGUGACGACUCACUGAAUGGGAGCUAGUGCUGGACAGAGUCUGACCUUAGGAUACAACAGGAGAAGAGCAGAGCAGCAGUGCAUCGAUGGCCCACCCAACCCCUCAACAGGUUUGCUGUGAGGUUUGAGAAGAAGUGAGGAGGAGAAAGUGAACUGUACUAGAUGCCAUGAUGGAGGACGACCAGCUGCCUACACCUUCUCCCUUGCUGGACCUAGAACACUGUCCCGGAGCCUCUUCAGUAACGAACCAUGCAGAGUUCCUGGGUGUCAACCAGAUUCAGGUGGUGGUGAGCCGGAGCCCAACCCCCCAGGUCACGGAGGAGACCUACUUUAUCCCCCGUAACCCGGUGGUGGAUGCGGGCACCAACACCGACCCCCCGGUCAUCUGCUGUGGCAGGCUCCGCCGGGCAUGCCCCUGCCCGCCCCGAGGCCUCCUGGCCUCCCUCAUCACCAAGGUCCUCAUUGCAUUAGUGCUGUUUGGCGUGGUGUGGUCCAUCACAGAGAAGGAGUGUCUGCCGGGGGGGAACCUGUUCGGCAUCACCGUGCUCUUCAUCUGCUCUGUCACCGGGGGCAAACUGGUGGGCCUCAUACGGCUUCCCAAACUGCCUCCCUUUCCCCCGCUCCUAGGUAUGCUAUUGUCGGGCUUCCUGCUGCGUAAUAUCCCCGUGGUAACGGAUGCCGUGUACAUCGACUACCGAUGGUCCGCCUCCCUGAGGAACAUUGCCCUUGCUGUCAUCCUGGCCCGAGCAGGCCUGGGAUUGGAUGCCUCGGCUCUGAAGAAGCUGAGUAUGGUGUGUAUACGUGUGGGAAUGGGACCCUGCAUCAUCGAGGCCUGCACCGUCGCCAUCGCCUCCCACUUCCUCAUGGGCCUGCCCUGGAUCUGGGGAUUCAUCCUAGGAUUUGUGCUGGGAGCCGUGUCCCCGGCCGUGGUGGUUCCCUCCAUGCUGCUGCUGCAGAAGGAUGGCUACGGCUUGGAGCAGGGCAUCCCUACCCUCCUCAUGGCUGCCGGCAGCUUCGACGACAUCCUGGCCAUCACCGGCUUCACCACCUGCAUGGGCAUGGCCUUUGCCACCGGCUCCAUGUGGUACAACCUGCUGAGAGGUAUACUGGAGGUGGGAGGGGGAAUGGUAGCUGGGGUCCUGCUGGGAUUUCUGUUGCGUUACUUUCCCAGCAAAGACCAGGACAACGUAGUGAUGAAGCGCUCAUUCCUGCUACUGGGCCUGUCGGUGUUUGCCGUGUUCGGCAGCAACGUGGCCGGCUUCCCCGGCUCGGGGGGCCUCUGCACCCUGGUCCUCGCCUUCCUGGCCAGCCUGGGCUGGAGAAGGUCAAAGGUCCCUGUGGAGGACAUAGUGGGUAUUGCCUGGGAGGUGUUCCAGCCACUGCUCUUCGGCUUGAUCGGGGCCGAGAUCCAGAUCUCAGAGCUGGACAAAAACACUGUCGGCCUGGGCAUAGGCUCUCUGGCCAUUGGUCUGCUGGUGCGUGUUCUCUUCACCUUUGUCUGUGUGCUGUGUGCCGGCUUCAACUUCAAAGAGAAGCUCUUCAUCGCUCUGGCCUGGCUACCCAAAGCCACUGUACAGGCGGCCAUCGGCUCCACAGCGCUGGACAUGGCCCGCACCAAGGAGGAUAAGGAGCUGGAGAAGUAUGGCAUGGACGUGCUGACAGUGGCCGUGCUCUCCAUCUUGCUCACAGCCCCCAUAGGGGCCCUGGUCAUAGGACUCACAGGACCUCGCCUGCUGCAGAAACCAAAGAACGCUGCCUGGGAGCGGGAGCAAAGCGGAACUAUAACCGAGACCCCAAUCACCUACGAGAGUACCCUCUGAUGGCGGGAACCAGGAAGUACACUUCACCAAGGAGGAAAUUACAUGGAUGGAUUGUAGGGAAAUGGGGGCACUUCAAGCGUGCAUCUAAAAUGGCACCCUAUUCUCUUUAAAGUGCUGUACUGUUUAGAGAAUAUGGUUCCUAUUUCAGACUCUGGUGACACCCAGGAUAAUGCCUUUUGGACAGUGGGGUCUCAUCUGUGUGUCUGUCCUUGGUGUGUGUGACAUCCUGCAGCGUUUAUUUAUAUCUCCCCGAGGGUAGUUUCCAGGCCUCGAACUACAGCUGCCACUCAACCAACAAUCCACUAUAUCCAAGCAUUAUGCACUAUACUGAAAAUUCAGUAAUGCUACUAUUAAAAUGAUACCCUAUUAUCAUUUAAAAGUGGUUCGAUGAGCUGAGCCACUAGAAUUGAAUGUUUUUGACAUUGACUAUCAGGCAUAUUGUGUGUUCAUUAUCAUACAGUCAUACACUGUAUGUACGCCUUCACAGCAUUUAUUUUUGUCCUUAGGCCUUACGCAUCAAUUAUUUACCAGCUGCUGAUGUUGUAUUCUGUGUGAAUGUAAUGCAUUUAUGAGGUUGUUGUACUAGCUUGUUGUGCAGUUUGAUUCAAAGAAAAUAUUAUAUUUUGCGUUGGACUGUUGUUGCUAGCUAGACUCUGGACGAAGGCAAGACAAUUUUAUUUAUUGAAUGUUACCAUUUAAGCAAUAUUGGAAUCAUGUUGUGCACUAAAUGUGACCGAAUGUCAUGAAUAAUAUGGACCCCUAGCUAAGAUAUAUUUAUGACGGGGGUCUUUCAUGCAAAAUCAGUGUGGCUCAGAUAAUAGCGUCACAUUCAGAGCAAUAUACUGUAAAAAUCUGUUUUUAAGAAAAGACUGCCAAACAGUCAGUUUAUUUGUUCUAUUAAUUUUAUCGUGUUUUUAUUAUUCAGUAUUUAUGAUUUUGAUUCCAUAAAGAGUUAAUUGUGCAGUUGA